AAAAUAAGCAAGACAAAUCAAUCCAAACUGAGAAACUAGACUUUCAAGAUUCCAGUCCAGUUGAUCUUGUUUCAGAGAUAGAUCAUGAAGGAAAAAACAUAAGAGAUGAACCAAAGGGGAUAGUUUUUCUUUCAAGGCUAUUACUUUUGUUCCAGACCUGCCACAUGUGCUUCUUUCCCAAUCCAAAAGUUACUGUUUCACAGAUUGGUACUAUGAUUUYGAUUACGUCUAGCUGCUCAAAGUGCAAGAAUGACCACAUCUGGAACAGUCAACCAACCCUCCUUGGAAAGUUUCCAGCAGGAAAUAUUUUGUUAMGUUUCGCCAUUCUGUGUGCUGGAGCAUCAAUCAACAAAGUUUUGCUGGUAUUUCAGCACAUGGGACUUCUAACAUAUCACUACCCUUCCUACUACUACCACCAGAGGCAUCUCCUAGUUCCUGCCAUAGUCAAGUUUUGGAGGACUUAUCAAGCCAWAAUYCUAUCAACACUGAAAGACAAGGAAGUAGUUAUUGCUGGAGACGGAAGGCACGACAGCAUGGGCCAUUCAGCAAAAUAUGGCACAUAUACCAUAUUUUGCUGCACCAUUGGCCUUAUUGUUCACAUUGUACUUUUGCAGGCAAACCAAUGUGGAAGCUCCUCCAAMAUAGAGUUUCAAGGACAUCAAAAGGCAUUAACAUUCUUGCUGGCCACUGAUAUGAUAAUUAAGACCUUCAUAUCUGAUAGGCAUAAGUCAAUUGCUAAGUGGAUGAGGGUUGAAUGCCCAAAGAAAUGCAAAGCCCUUGGAAAACCAAUAAUAGACCAUUUUUAUGAUCUGUGGCACAUUGGCAAAAGUAAGUCUGACAAAGCUUACAUAUGUUUCUCAAGAKAAUAGAACAACAAUUGGUAUACUAAUUAUAAAACAAAAGGACAUCUUGAGGA